AUGGACGGCUCAAACUAUACGCCGCAAGAGCAGCAGAUGCUCGAGGCGACGAUCGCAAAGAGGCAGAUGCACGACUUUUUCAAGCUCUACAGCGGCUUGGUCGAGCGAUGCUUCAAUACUUGCUGCAAUGACUUUACGACCAAAGCCGUCACAUCCAAAGAGGACGAGUGCAUCAAGAACUGCUCAGACAAGUUCCUUGCUCAUUCAAACAGAGUCGGGCUACGGUUCGCAGAGCAUAAUGCAGAGAUGAUGCAGAAGCAGCAACAGCAGUGA